UUUUAGUGUGUCACGUCGGUUACCUCCCUUGGUAAAAAACUAAUAAUGUUCGUAUUUUUUUGCCAAGAAAGUUGACCAAAAUAAAGAAAGAUAGAUGGAGGCUUUUAAGAAGAAAAAAUGUAGAUCAAUCAGAAAAAGACGCCACUCAUCAGAGAGCGAUGACAAUUCGAACGAGGAUGCAGAUGACAUUGAAUCUAAAUUAAAAGACAUAAAGGAAUUACAAAAGCAAAGAGAGAAACCCAAAGGUGUGAGUGCUGCUGUACUAGCUUUGGGGAAGAAAAUACCUAAAACAGAAGAAGUAACUGAUAAAGAUCCAUUUAAAAGACUUACAGGAGGAAUUGUUGAUAUGAAAACUUUGAACAAAUCAGAUAUGUCCAAAGAAGAUGUAGAAGCCAUUGGGACAGCAUUUGCAGCAGAAACAAACAGAAGAGAUGAAGACACAGAAAUGUUGAAAUAUGUGGAAGAUCAACUUGCAAAAAAGAAAGGCAAUGUAAAUGAUAAAGAAACAGAUUUUAAACCUAAGAAAAGGGGUGACACACUGUAUGCUCUACCAGAUAAGUUAAAGAUAGAAUCUUCAUUGAAGAAUACAGAAGAUAUGUUGUCUAAUCAGAUGUUGUCUGGUAUCCCAGAGGUUGACCUUGGCAUUGAAGCAAAAAUUAAGAACAUAGAGGCAACAGAGGAUGCUAAACAGAAACUUGUACAAGAGAGAAUGAAAAAGAGGGACGUAGUGUCAGACUUUGUACCUACAAAUAUGGCUGCUAAUUAUAUACAACACAACAGAUUUAAUAUUGAAGAUACAGCACCAAUACUAAAAAAGGUAGAGGAGCCUAAACCAGAACCAUUGAGAGUAGGAGAUGCUGAAAAAUUGUCAGAAAUAUCAGGGAAGAAGAAGAGCUCAACAGAAAAAGCAACAGAUGAUUUUCAUUACGAAAAAUUUAAGAAGCACAUGAGAAGAUAAUGAAUAUGUCAAAUCAUAAACUUAGUGCAAUAAAACAAUAUCUGGAGUUCUAAAUGUGGAUAAAUAUUUAAAAUUGCAUUGGUAAUGGUAAGAUGGAAUACUGAAUAGACAAUGUUUUAAGCAAAUGACUGCUAUUAAAAUCAUGGUAUGCAGCAUUGAACUCCUUAACUAGAACAGUUACACAAAGAGAGGGACUAGAAAGAGGUCAUAUGGAGAACAUUAUGUGUCAUUGUUAGGACAUCGUUAUGAUGCACAAGUCAAUACAUGCAUGUUUGAUGACUUCUGAACAAUCAUCAGAAGAGCAGAUUGAAAAUAUGACCAUGUAAUUGUUAUUUAAAUUCAGGUUAAGAAUUUGUCUUCUACCAGUAAACAAUACUAUGAGUUAAUUAUUAGAAAAAGAAAAUAUGUAUUAUUUAUCAAUAAGUGAUGGAUUGAUCCAACUUUAUGUACCAUUUUGGGUAAAACUGUCGAAUACAGUUGAUUUUCACCAUUAAAAAAAAUGGCCAAAAUGAUCCAAUCUUCGUAGGUUAAUGUCACCUUUUAAAAAUCAUUGUACUUUUUUUUGUAUUUUCUGGAUUAUAUUGUCAUAUUCAUUUAUCAUUAAAAUCAUCAC